AUGGCCUGGUCGCGAGAAGGCACCUCAGAGGAGCUCUCAAAGUACCAAGAAUUCCAGAUGCGUCAAAACGACGGCCACCACCACCGCUCCCAGGCUCAACCUCACUCCUCCCAUCCUGGCGCCGGUGUAACCUUUCCGACGCCACAAACCGCAACCAAUAAUCCUACCACUAUCACGGCGCAGGAUCAGGAUCGGCGAUCGCAUUUGGUGACAAACUCUCAACCCACCGGACCGGGUUCCUUCUCCGAGGCUGUGCGUGGUUCUCAGGCCGACCAGACCCAGAAGAACACUGCAGGAGGGCGACUCCGAACAGAGCAGAGUAGACGAUCAGACCGACUGGAACCCGCCUCAGAACCAUCAUCGACAAAGACCUCUCAACGGGACGGUUCAUUAGAGCGAACCCUGGACUCGCCACACUCGACUCGACAACGGCCAUCCCCCUCCUCUUCACCCUCAAGUCGACAUUCAAAGAGCAGUCGCUCAAAGACAAAGUCCAAGGGGCACGACGAUGGUAGUCAGCAUGGAUUGGAUCUAUCGACCUCGCCUGCAGCCGUGACCCGUUCAGAGCGGGCUGGAACAAUGCCCGGAAGUCCACAUUGCCAGCGAUAUCGCCAUUCAGGGUCUUCAACCAAGAAGGGCUGUUGUGCUUGUUCUUCUUGCCAGCAAGAGGGAUCCAUCCUCACACCCUCACAAAGAUCGUAUCGCUAUGCCCAGUAUCUCGGAAGCGAUCCUAUCCCGAUCUACGCUGGGCCAUUAGGACUGGGAGACGACAUUCCUUCACCUACGCCAUCGCCUCCGGCAGGACGAAUGAGCAUCCAUAUGGCCAUGAGUGGACAUUCACCCAUAGGGUCACCUGUUCAUUCACCCGCGCUGUCAAUAUCGCACUCGCCAAUGGGAAAAUCGUCUCCUUCCUUCCUUCGGUCUCCUGGCUCCUCCAAGAGUAAAUCGAGUCGACACCAGGUCACGGAGGGCUUUUCAGGGUCAGGGGAGUUUGGCCUGCAUGACGAGCAGCAUAGGAUCAACUCGGACGCGACCUCCAAUACCCCGACAAGCCAUCAUCCUGUUGUUACUGGCUUCCAAACAUGCGAUCUUAAGGUCAAGAACAGUAAAAAGAAAUUCGAGGCGUGGUCUCUGAGUGAGCAGAUUCAGGAUCGCAUUGUCAGGGCUGCACCAUACAAGUCAGCAGUGCUUUCUCCCAACACCAUUCAUGCCAGAAAACUGUCGACAACUCUCCAACAGCUAUCGCACUCACACCCACACCCACAACCACAGCAACAGACACAACCCUCGCAGUCUCAGCCGCAUCACCAACCCGAGGAUCAGCCCCAACCCCAACCCCAGCCUCAACUACAGCCUCAACUACAGCAAAACUAUUCUCCUCAACCCGACUCAGACCGAAAACCAACGUUGAUCCCAGUGGAAUCCAGUCCUACUAAGCGGCAAUGGCAAUGGCAAUGGCGCGGUCAAUCAGCCUCCAAAGACGUUUCAGGAGAUAGGACACCCAGAAAGACGGCUGCCAACACUAUCACAAACAGGAAGGUUGUCGGUGGUCUUGGUCUAGGGAGUCCAGUUGUUGGCAAUUCAAACAGUGCCAACUCCGCCUCAAGUUCUGGAAACCAAGUGGCUGCCAAAACUGGGAACGAAGGCGGGUCAUCAUUGCAUGUGUUGCGUCGUACACGCUCUGCACCUAUUCUUGCAUCUGGUCAACUCUCGUAUGCGGAUAUCCUUAAGGCGUCGAUCAAGGCUACUUCGGACUCUAGCCUGUCAUCAUCGUCGUCAUCUGGAUACGUGUCUCUAUUGUCCACGGACUCUAACACGUCGCAUCUUCAUUUGACCGGCUCGUCUUCUCCACUCGUUACGACCAACACUACCUCAGUCUCAGGAACGAUCUCGUCAUUCAACAACUCACCCGAUGCAUCAAGCUACAGAUCUCGACUCAUCGCCCCUCUCACUCCGACAAGGACGAUGAAGCCCUUGCGGAGGCGUAGUCUUUCCAACAUCAAGGGCGAGAUGAGCGCCUCAACGGCGUCUUUGAAGUCAUUCAUGACGCCUUUGAGAGCAGCUGCUGAAAUACAAAGCCUUGAUAUGGACGCUUCAGCCAUGGACGUGGAUGAAACGCUUCCGAACCAGAAUGGGGGAUCAAAUGCAGGCGAUGAUCGGAAGGAAAUGGAGAUGGCAGAUACGGCAUCUCCCAGUGGCUCGGAGGAUGUGGAGAUGUCAAUAGCUGAAGAGACUGUGGAAGAAGUGGCGUCGCGCGGAAUGAUAGUCACGACGAGUGGUGCACGCGUGGCGUUAAUUAAGAGCGAGGAGGAAGAUGAGCCAGCAAGAAAUCUAGUCAAGUCAGAGUCGGCGACAGGACUAUCAUUUUUCACUCCACCCGAGGAGCUGGAUGCUGCAGAGUCUUCUCCUGAUACGAUUUGCCUUGAGCAGAGUAUCGUUGCUGGGUCGAUGAUGGAGUUUGAGCCGACUGUAGAUACUUCUACAGAAACCUUGCCUGAAUCCGACGCGACGUCGACGUUGGUCCGUGCAGUGAGCGCCCCAGUCAUGGUCUCGCCGAUUUCUCCAUCUCUUGCCAGCAACGUUUCUCUCGCAGCCAACAACGGAGCUGAUGUAGAGAACGACAGUUACGAGAGCAUCACGCUUGAGAGCCCUGACAUAGCUGGCCUUGGCCCUGUUUCCUCCCUUCAGGAGAAGAAAUUGAAGGUGGAGGAAGAGAGUAUCGUUGUUGCGCAAGCAAGCGAGGUUCCCGUGGCUGAAAAUGAGGUAGCGAUUGAGACGAAGGUCACAUCAGUCGCAGCGGAGGCAUCGGUGGUUGCUGAGGAGCCAGAGUGUCCAUUCCAAAAGCAACUCGCGCUUCAAGAGCAAGAGGAGACAGAGACUCAGCAGAGCAAAAUUGCCGCUGGAUUCAAGGCUCGUAGGAAGCGGAACGACAGCUCUGGUGGCAAGAAGCUGUUGCUCAAGAAGAUGACAAGUCUCCCCAAUCUUCGUAACAGCUUCCAACAGCAGCAGCCAUUACAGCAGGCGGUGACAUCCCACUCUGAGAGCGAUGGCUCCAAGCUGGACAGCUCGACGUCUACUUCCGGUAAAGUUGCUUCGAGCGACUAUGUCAUUCCUCCGUUCUACUUUCCCAAGGGCAAACCUGUGGCUGCAUCCAAGCGCCGCCAUAGAGUUCACAGCGCUGUGACGAAGGCUAAGGAGAUCUUUGUGGUGGCGGAGAGUGGCGUGUUGUCAGAGGCAGGAUUCGUGACCAUUACGGUCCACUGCUGUGAGCUGCCACGGUACAUGAAUCGCGCUUUGUUCCGAAAAGUCGACCUUGCUGGAAGCGGCGAAGUCCGGCUCCAAGAGUUUGAACGCGUCUGGGAAUCUCUUGUCGAGACUUGUCCCGACGAGAUUUCUAUGAUCUUCGCAAUCUUGAAGCAGCCCAACGCAAACGUCCUGACGCCCACGGAUUUUGAGGCCGUCCUCCAAGACUUGGUUCUUUUUCACCCUGGCCUCGAGUUCUUGUCCGGCAAUGCCGUCUUCCAAGAGCGUUACCUGGAGACGGUGAUCACGCGGAUCUUUUAUGAGGCGAACAGGCGACAUGGCAAGAUGAAGUUGUCAGAUCUGCGCCGAUCCAACUUUGACAAGACAUUGCGCAAGCUCGAGAACAGCGACCUGAAUCAGACCGAGGACUGUUUCUCGUACAAGCACUUUUAUGUGAUCUACUGCAAGUUCUGGGAGUUGGAUCAGGAUCAUGACCUCAUCCUGGACGAGCAGGAUUUAGCGGGCUAUUCGGGCGGGGCGAUUUCGACGAGGAUUAUUCGACGCGUUAUGCAGGGGUAUGGAAACGAGACAGGGAUGUUUAUGGUUCCUGAUCAGGAGUUGCUCUUGCAGCAGCAACAGCAGCAGCAAUUGCUUUUGAUUCAGCAGCAGCAGCAACAGCAGCAGUUACUUCAACAGCAGCAACACCUAUUGCUCAUUCAGCGACAACAGCAACAGCAAACGGCUCACCUCCAGACCGAGAGCUCUGCCAUGGAUCUGGAUACAACCAUCUUGGCCAAUCCUUCUGAGGACAAUGGCGAUGACGGUGAGGAGGCCAACAAGGUUAUGGCCGAGAUGACAACGCCUCCUGGGGAAGGAUCUCCAGCUCCUGAGACCAAGACGUUGAGGCGAUCCAAGACCAUGACUCUCUCGGGUGUCAAUAUCUCGUCCGAGUUUAUCACCGACGGCAUGACUUCUCCUGUUCCUGAGGAGCCGUUAGCGUCUCCUUCCAUCGCAUCAACACCCACCAGUCCGUCGCCCGUGACAAUGAACUCUCCAUCGCCGACAGCACCAAUAGCAGGGGCGACAAUUCAGCGGACGAUCCCACCAGGUCCUGGCACACAGUGUCGGCCACAGAACUACCGCAUGACCUACAAAGGCUUCAUCUGGUUCCUCCUCGCCGAGACCGACAAGCAGACCGUGACGUCGAUCGAGUACUGGUUCCGGUGCAUGGAUCUCGACGGCGACGGAUUGCUCACUGUCUUUGAGUUGGAGCAACUCUUCCAGGAACAGGCCGCUCGGAUGGCGCUCCUGGGGAUGGAAUCGUUCGGGUUCCGGGAUGCGAUCUGUCAGAUGCAAGACCUGAUAGGCCCUAAGGAGACGGGCCUGGUGCGAUUGUCAGAUCUGAAGCAGUGUGGGCAGGCAGGUCCGUUUAUUGAUUUGUUUUGUAACGUUGUGAGGUGGAGGAACUUUGAGGCGAAUCAGCAUCAGAUCCGGAUGCGUCAGCAGCAAAUUGCGAUGCAGCGGGCGACCGAGGCCGCGUGGGAGGAGGUUGCGGCGGGGGAGGAUUUGUUUGAUGAUGAUGAUGAGGAUGGUGAUGAUGAGGGUGAAGAGGAUGAGGAUGAUUGUGAGGAGGACGAUGAGGAGGAGGAGGAUGAAGAUGUCAGUGAUGAUUAUGCGGAUGGAGGCAGCGAGAGUCCUACGAGUACUUUGAGCGACACGACGGAGUUGUCUUUCAAGUCGAAUGCAGCUCACACAGUCUCGUUCAGCACGGAUAUCGAAAUGGGCGAAGGCAAAGAUCUGUUGUCUGCCUCCGAGUUGUUGUGUGUGGGUCUUGGUCUGGCCGUCGAACCCUCGGCCCAACUUGAUGCUGAUGCCAAGGGUCUGUCAAGCACGCAGUUGUACCAGAACCUGGGUCUUCGUCGCGGUGGUAGCAAUGGCACUGACCAUGUCAAGGCUGCCGCACAAGAAAGAGGACCAGGCGAGGUACUCGAAGAUGAUCAUCAAGGCAGAGGAGGACCAGGGGGUAUCAUGGAUGGCACGGUGGAAUUGAACCCCGAAGUGACCAAGGCCCUAAAUCGACGCAACAAGGAGAAGCGGCGCAAGCGGCGGCAGUCGAUGGUGCGACUUGCCCUCCUGGGUGAACAGCGCAAAGAGAAGGCCCUCCUCGCCACCAUUCGGGAGUCGCCAUGGAUAGUAUAUGUGGAGUCAGAGUACGAGAAGCUGGUGACGAUCGAGCGACCACAGAGCAGGACCGGGUGGGAACAAGAAGACGAAGAGGAAGAAGAAGACGAAGAAGACGAGGAUGAGGAUGACCUCGAUGACCCCGAAGACGGUCCCGGUGGUGGCCUUGGUACUUUCGGUGGCGGGUUGAUAGGCGAAGGAGAUGAUGACGACGAAGAAGAAGUCAUGAACGAAGACCACCUUCACCAUCUUCAACACCAACAACAACAACACUUGCAGCACCUCCAGCAUCAUUUGCACCUGAAUGUGGUUGAAGGGGUUGACCAUAUUCAGUUGCAGUUGCAACAACAGCAGCAACAACAACAACAAUAUCAGCAGUACCAGCUCUUGCUCCAGCAACAACAACAACAACAACAGCGACAGCAAGGGAUCAGGACGACAGCACGACUGCUGGAGUUUGAGCAGAUUUCAAUUGACCCUUGA